UUUUGUGCCGUUCUUAACAGCUUUGUUUUAAUGUGUUUUCUUUUUUAUUUAUGUUCCUGUAAAGCAAAGCUAUUUGUCUUGUGUCUGAAAUUGGCCUAAUAAUUUAAAGAUUUAAGAGAAGGCACAGUAGUUGUGCUCAAGCACACUUUUCAGUGCUCUACUGCUCUACUUCUCUUUAGGUCAAAGCCAGCAGUCAGGUUUUUGAGUUUUAACUUUGAGGAGACGUUCAAAGAUCAUUUCCAGUUCCAGGCUGACGCUGCAAGCCUCCAGCCAAUAAGGCCAGGUUAAAUAGUACCUAGUCAGCAAACCUGGAGGCCAAAAGUGACAGAAUCCAGAAGUGUCCUCCACCAAAAAGACCUGCGGUCAGUCUUCAUCUGCAAUGCCAGAUAAGGUGAAAGAGCUGGUUUCGAAGUGCCUUCAGGCCCGGGACAUGGCCUACUGUCCCUACAGCCACUUCCCCGUCGGUGCUGCCAUCCUAACAGCAGAGGGCGCUAUCGUCACAGGCUGUAACGUGGAGAAUGCCUCCUACGGUCUGACAGUGUGUGCAGAGCGAACGGCGAUCCAGAGAGCCAUAGUGGAGGGACACAGACAGUUUACCGCCAUCGCUGUGACCUGUGAUAUCAAAGACCGGUUUGUUGGGCCAUGUGGAGCCUGUCGACAGGUUCUUUUGGAGUUUGGAACAGACUGGAUUGUAUAUUUAACUAAACCAGACGGCUCCUACAAAGAAACCAGCCUCAGUGAACUCUUGCCUUUAGCCUUUUCACCAACACACCUCGGAAAGGACUAACUGUGGCUCUGCAACAUCCUGUAAUGCCAUUCAGCUUCUGUAACAAAGCUUGAAAAAUGC